AUAUUUUACCACACCCUAUCAAACAGAAGAAAAAACGCACGGAAGCAAGGAAAAGGAAAAGAAAAGAAAAAUACACCCAGUCGUCAUGGAAGCCAAAUUCCGGUCAGAUACCGCAGGAAAGCCCAUAAGAUGCAGAGAUCAGUUGUUGCACGAUACAUGAUCCAACAGCUGCGGUAUGCAGAGGAGCUGGAGAGCCCCUAGUGAUAGAAGAGAUUCAAGUGGCCCCUCCCAAGUCUGGGGAGGUUCGAGUCAAGAUUAUUUGCACGUCCCUUUGUCACGGUGAUAUUAGCUUCUGGCGAUCAGAGUCCGGGCCAUUCUCAUUUUUCCCAGGAAUUUUUGGUCACGAAGCAGCCGGAUAAUUAUGCAUUUCUUUCCCAUCUCUGGAACUUGUUGCUUGCCACUAGCAUAUCUUCUUGACUGUGAAAUCGAAUUUUCUUGUGCUCUUGGUCAUAGGACUGUUGAGAGUGUGGGGGAAAAUGUGGUGGAAGUAAAAGCAGGGGAUUUAGUAGUACCAGUAGUGCAGAGGAACUGUGGAGAAUGCAGGGAUUGCAAAUUUAAGGGCAAUGCUUGCACCAAAUUCCCAGCUGCGUCACUCAAUGCGAUGCCAAGGGAUGGAAGUAGCAGGUUUUUGGACAAGGAUGGACAGCCUUUGCAUCACUUCCUUUUUGCUUCUAGCUUUGCUGAAUAUACUGUGGUGGAUGUGACGCAUCUUGUGAAAAUCAGCCCUGAGGUUCCGGUAGACAAAGCCUGCUUGCUCAGCUGUGGCGUGACCACGGGAGUUGGUGCUACAAUGAAGGCUGCACAGAUUGAGGAGGGCUCUACGGUAGCAAUUUUUGGACUUGGAACAGUGGGACUUGCGGUUGCAGAGGGAGCACGGAUACGUGGAGCUUCAAAAAUUAUUGGAAUUGAUAAGAAUCUUGAAAAAUUUGAAAUUGCUAAGAAGUUUGGAGUUACAGAUUUUGUUAAUCCUACUUCUUGCGGGAAAGAUUCAGUGAGCCAGGUAAUACGAGAGAUGACAGAUGGUGGUGCUGAUUAUUGCUUCGAGUGCGUUGGAUCAACUUCCCUCAUCAGGGAGGCUUUUGAUGGUUCUCGGCAGGGAUGUGGAAAGACUGUGAUAUUGGGUGCGGACCUUCAUGGCAGCCCGCUAAGCAUCCACCCUCUUGAGAUCCUUGCGGGGAAAAGUAUCAUGGGAGCUACUCUUGGAGGCAUCAAACCCAAACAAGAUAUUCCACACCUGGCUCAAAAGUAUCUAAAAAAAGAGCUACGUUUGGAUGGUUUCAUAACACAUGAAGUCAGCUUUGAGGAGAUCAAUAAGGCAUUUGAUUUGCUUCUCCAAGGGAAGAGCCUUCGUUGCAUUAUAUGGAUGAAUAGAUAGAACCCAUCCUACUGCAGUGUCGGCAAAAAGACACUUGAGAAUUUGCCAAUAAACAUGAUGGUAUUGACGGUUGAUAUCUAAAAAAAUUAUGUGAUCAUAAACUGUACGUUCUCAAUUUUGGCUUUCCGGGUUUCACUUUUAUUUGAUAAUCCAACCCAAAAGGGGGGAGAAAAUUUUAUGGGUUC